AUGGAUAUUUCACUACUUUUUUUUCUGUAUUCUUUCCUGGUCAUUUUUUUACCUUUUUUCUACUUUGCUUUCUUUUCUAGCUCUUCUAGACAUUUUCCUUCUUUCCUCUUUUUUUCUAUCACCAUCCCGAUCUGUUCUUUCGUUUUCUUCCCUCUCUCUCUCUCUCUCUCUCUCUCUAUCUAUCUACUUUCUGUCCCCACCCUCCUUUCUCUUUCUCGUUUCAUUCUUUUUUUCUUCAACCUUAUUUUAGGUUCUAACCUCUCUUUCUAUUCUAUCGCUGCCCUUACUUUUUUUCAUCUACCCUCCUUUCUUUUCAUCUUCAAACCUCCUCCUCCUCCUUCUUCUUCUUCAUUUUCUUCUCUCUUUUUUCUUCCCUUUUUUAUUUUCUCCUUUAAUCUUUCUUUUUCUUCUUUACUUAUCUUUCUUUCCUCCCCCUCGAGUUCCUUCUUUUCUAUACCUUCCUCUUCCCUCCUCCUACUUUUAUCUCCCCUCUCCCUGUCUUUCUUUUAUAUUUUCUCUCCUGCUACUUCUCUCCUUCUCCAUUUUUUACCUUUUUCUCUCUUAUUUUUCGGUUUUCUCCCUUUAGCUCCAUUUUCCUUCACCGUUUUUUUUGUUAUCUCUUUUCUACACGCCACUUCCCCACCCCGCAUUCUCUGA